ACUCAUGCUUCUUUAGUUUAGGCCUAUUUUGAAUUUGUGUUGACUCCAAAAAGUAGGCUGUUUCCAAAUUGUAUUUACCUUUUAUACAUUCAAGUGCACGGUAUUACUUGCAUCCCAUCAGUCAUACAGUUAUUUUGAAUAUACACACACAAAAAAUGUCAUGUGCACAUCCAUGUUGAUAUUUUACAAGUUCCCCUUUGUUAUUGACGUCGCUAAGAGACAUCCUAAACAAAAGCGUUUCCAUGGUAACCUGUAACAACUCAAUGAAAAGAGGCCAAGUUGUAUGAAGAAGAAUAUCAACCAGAGAAAAAUGUCAUCCGUGGCGUUACCAUUUCUACCCGGGAAUGCACCCAACAGACAACUGGGGAAGGAGAGAUUCCACAAAUCCCAACAUUUCAACCAUUCCAGUGGACUCCCUAUGCUGGUUGCAUCUGAGAAGCCAGGCAUUGGAGGAGAGUUGUUAUUUGGCCAGAUGAUUAAACCAAAGUAUUCUGUGUUUCCCAAAGAACAGGGCAGGGAUUUACCAUCAUGGGUAGCCUUUGACAAAAAGAUAUUGUGUUUUGAAGCAUUCUUCCAGGAAGCUGUGCCUGAGGCACAACAUGAGACGUACAGGAUCAGGAAGUGUAAGAUCUACUUCCACCUGGAAGAUGAUACCAUUCAGGUGGUGGAGCCAGAGUACAAGAACAGUGGCAUCCCUCAAGGAACAUUUAUUCAUCGUCAACGUGUCCCACUGCCUCCCCCGAACGAUGACUGCUUCUACAACAUUUACCACUUCAACAUCAACCAACAGAUGGUGCUGUACUCACGCACAUUCACUGUGAUCGACUGUGACUCUUUUACAAGGAACUUUCUCACAAAACUUGGGGUGAUCCUCAAUAACCCUGCCACUGUACCCGAUGACCCCUACAGCAAACACCGGGAAGAGAUAGAGAAAAGUAUGAAGCCACUUCGUCCGUACGAGAGGUGUGACACGCUGAAGCAGUUCCUCGAGCACGACGGCAAAGUCCUGCGCUUCAACUGCUUGUGGGACGACACGGAGAGCAUGUUCGCAGACCCGCGGGAGCUCACACUGCACUACCACCUCGGGGAUGACACCAUAGAGAUCAUGGAGAUCAAUCCCGCAAACUCGGGGAGGGAUACUGUGCCCAAGUUCCUACGCCGCAGCAAAGUACCCAAGAAUUUGGUCCCGGUGAAGCAGCCCGGACAGACGACGGACCGCACAGUGCUGAACGUGAUCGCCUCCGCCAGGCAGCAGAAGCGCUACAUGCUGGACAGCCUCAAAACUGGAGCUGUUCAUGAUGAGUUUUACAAGGACCGUGACCUGACUUUGGGCGGGGAGGUGAAUGUUUGGGGCAGGAGAGUGAUCAUCACUGACUGUGAUGACUUCACCAAAGACUACUACCGCUCCAAAUACGGCAUAGAGGAUUUCACCCCGGUGGUGUACAAAGCUCCCCCAGCCCCGAUACCCGAAAGGCGUGUGCCCCCCUACAACGGAUUUGGCUCGGAGGAGGACUCGCUGAGCUACUGCCAUCGCCUGCUGCCCAAACCCCCACAGAAAGAUUUCCACAAGUUUAUGGAGAGAAGCGACGUCAUCAACGUGCUGAAUUUCCGUGCCAAGAUGGUCACCACCAAUCCAGAUGACAUGCAGAGGGUGUUCACCAUCUCGUUCUUUCUCAGCGACGACUCCAUCUCGGUGUUCGAACAGCCCAAGAAGAACUCAGGUAUAGUUAGCGGUAAGUUCCUGAAGCGGGGUCGCGUCAAAAAGCCCGGCCAGGAGCUGUUCAAGAGCGAGCCGUCGGAGUACUUCAAAGCCCAGGAUCUGUACGUUGGAGCCACCCUGUGCCUCAGCGCCGUGCACUUCCAGGUUUUGGAUGCGACUGAAUACACCUUCAGCUACAUGGAGCAACAUGCUGAGGAGUUCCCCAAAGCCAACGUGGGAAACAUCCUCAGCAAACUGCGAUCCUUGCCGGAGGAGAAGCGGAGUGAGAUCCGGGCGUUUCUGACUCUCAGUGACGCCGGCAGCACUGGCUUCAUCUCCUACGAGUCGCUCAGGGGCCUGCUGACCGGCCUGGGCUGCGGACUGUCGGAGCACGAGGUGCUGGUGUUGGGCCGAAGCUUCUCGCAGCGCCAGCAGCCCGAGGUGGACGUGGGCCUGAUGCUGGCGGUGGCCCAGGACUUCCUCAAGAAGAACCACUUUGAAGACUUCCCUCACAUGGACAGAGCCUUCAGACAUUGCGAUCAACACAAGACCGGGCGUCUCUCCACCAAAGAGACACGGACCAUCUGUAAGGCCGUUCACCUUCCGCUGCCCGAGAAGCUGCUCGCGAGUCUGCUCGGAAAGUUUGCAGAUGGAGACGAGAUUGACUACCACGCCCUCCUGGCUGGCAUCAACUGGCUAGAGAACAACGCUUCCCCGGUGCUGCCCGAAGACAGGUUGAAGUUCGUGGUGGAUUCCGGGUCCAACGGCGACGGGGCUCCGGUGGAAAGCGUCAACUUCUCUCGCCUUCUGAGGGACGUGUUCUGCUCUCCCUCCAACGGCGGUGACCCGACCAGCGCCACCAGUACAUAGGCCCCAUGUGGGCGGUGAAACGGGUUCUGCCUCUGGAGCACACACACACACACACACACACACACACAAACACGCCGCUUGUUACGCAAUUAAAGAACACGGUGUGUCGGCUAA